AUGGUUUCAACCCGUAGUAAAGCUGGAGCUAACAAGCAAGCUGACACUGGUCCUUCGGGACCCGCUAACAUCACCCCGGAUCUGGCCGCCAUCCUUGACGGUCAAGCCAAAAUGCAACAGGAGCUGGCUGAUCAGAAGAAGCGUAGCGUUGAUGAGAUGGAGGCACUGCGGCAGGAAAACUCUCACCUCAAGCGAAAGAUCGAACCGAUCCCACUCAGAAGGGAAAGGCAAGGGAGGCAUCUGAAGCUACAAGGUCCCUGGCCUUCCAGCCCACAGAAGAAGAAAGCGAGUACAAUCCCACCCGUCACACCUUCACCACCACCCAACAAACACCCAUCCCCUCAACCCAUCCCACUCAUUUCCCCUCCACCCUACCAAAGCACACCGCGGCCUCUAUCCUCACCGCCACCCUCCACACCACCCAGCUUCGACAUCCUCUCCCACAUGUUCACAACUAACUUUGCUGACAGCCGCCCACAUCAAACUACCACGAUCUCCCUCCUCGGCAUCAGGCAAGCACAGGGCGAGUCGCUUCGGGCAUUCAUCGACCGCUUCAGCAAGGCUGCCCUUCGCACCCCACACCUCAACCACGAAAUGAUUCUCCAGUGUAUGGCCCUCACCCUCCAACCCGGCCCCUUCUCCAACAAAGUCUACCUUCAUCCACCUGCCUCUAUGCACGAGCUAAAGUUGCGGGCCGCCGACUAUGUUUCCACCGCCGCCAAUCCCACCCCACCACCCCCCGCCCUGAUCCCAGACCAAGAGAGCCCCGACAACCCCGCUUUACUAGAUAUGCUCCCCUCAAAGUCCCAGAUCCCGCCUCCUUGA